GUCUGAUUCUGAUAUUAUUUCCAUUCAAUACCUAGAGAAUUUGAGAUAGGCAGAUAAACCCUUCACUCUUUCUGUGCACAAAUCCUAAAACCCCCCAAAACCCAAAAAACCAUCAUCAUCAUAUCAUGGCUUCGUCAAUAUCAAUAACGGCGGACAUUGCCAGCACCUUCCUGAGCCUCAGCUCUCGCGCAGGCGCAGCCCACCGCACCCGACUCUCCCAGGUCCGAGCCACUGUUCUUCCUUUCUUACUCUCUCCAAAUAAUAAAACCUUUCAAUCCCAGUCCCACUCUCUACGCUUCAGCUGCAGUACGUUGUCGUUUAAUUCCAGCAUUAUUGCCGCCAAGCCCAAAAGGGGCCUCCGCCGCUUCACCACGGCGGCCACCGCCACAACAACCACCACGCCGCAGAGCGAAGGCUCUGAUCUCUCCUCCAAAAUCCCAGCCGACAAUCGCAUUCCCGCCACUAUUAUCACUGGAUUCCUAGGCUCUGGAAAGACAACUUUACUUAACCAUAUUUUGACUGCGGAGCAUGGGAAGCGAAUUGCGGUGAUUGAGAAUGAGUAUGGGGAAGUAGACAUUGAUGGUUCUUUGGUUGCUGCGAAAACUACUGGGGCCGAAGAUAUUGUCAUGUUAAAUAAUGGCUGUCUUUGCUGCACUGUUAGGGGUGAUCUUGUGAGAAUGAUUGCAGAAUUGGUCAAUAGGAAGAAAGGGAAAUUUGAUCAUAUUGUAAUAGAGACUACAGGAUUGGCGAAUCCGGCACCUAUCAUUCAGACAUUUUAUGCAGAGGACCAGGUUUUCAACGAUGUCAAGUUGGAUGGUGUUGUCACUUUGGUUGAUGCUAAACAUGCUGGUUUUCACCUGGAUGAGGUUAAGCCAAAAGGGAUAGUCAAUGAGGCUGUAGAACAAAUUGCUUAUGCUGACCGUAUCAUUGUGAAUAAGACUGACCUUGUUGGUGAGCCAGAAAUUGCUACUUUGGUGCAGCGAAUAAGGAAUAUAAAUCGAAUGGCUAACUUAAAGCGGACAGAGUAUGGAAAAGUUGACUUGGAUUAUGUUCUUGGGAUUGGAGGCUUUGAUUUGGAGAGGAUUGAGAGUGUUGUAAAUGCUGAAGGUGCAAAGGAAGAUGACCAUGAUCAUGAUCAUGAUCAUGAACAUGACCAUGACCACAACCAUGAUCACCACCACCACCAUCAUCAUGAUGAACAUGACCACGCACAUGAACAUCAUGAUGGUCACAAUUCUCAUGAUCACAGCCACGAUCCUGGUGUUUCUUCUGUCAGCAUAGUUUGUGAAGGGAAUUUAGAUCUUGAGAAGGCAAACAUGUGGCUUGGCACAUUGUUGUUGGAACGUAGUGAGGACAUCUAUCGGAUGAAAGGUCUCCUAUCUGUUCAAGGCAUGAAUGAAAGAUUUGUUUUUCAGGGAGUCCAUGACAUAUUCCAAGGUUCACCUGAUCGGUUGUGGGGCGAGGACGAACCAAGGACAAACAAGAUUGUGUUCAUAGGCAAGAAUUUGGAUGCACAGGAAUUAGAGAAGGGUUUUAAAGCCUGCUUACUUUGAUACUAACAGGAGGUUUUAUCCAUUUUGAGUCUCACUCUCUGACACUAGACAGAUGGUGCUUGAACGUUGUGUUGGUAACUUGGUUGUCUAAUGGUGCAUAUGAGAACUAUGUGAAACAGUCAAUUAUAAUUGCCAUAUAGAAAUUAAAUUCUGAUCC